AUAUGCGGAAACUGCGAUGGGACGUAGACGGAUCGAUAAAAUUAUGUUAAACGAAAGGCCUUGUGGAAUUAGAUUGACUCGCCUUGAAAGUCCAAAAGGGAGGUGCCAAGGAAUAAUCGAUGCUCAUGCAGGCGGAGUGAAUGCCAUUGGUUUUGCUCAUCCAAAUAAACAGCUUUGUGUUGUAACCUGUGGUGAUGAGUUGAUAAAAGUAUAUGCUUCAGAACAGAUGAAUGAGAGAGAGAGAGAUCUAUUACAAGUGUGGGAUUUAGCUGGAAAAAAGCUAUUCAACUUUGAAAGCCAUGAUGCAACCUGUUUAUUCUAUGUCCUCACUAGAAAGAGAAUAUUCAGUUAUGGUCUGCCUGUUUCCGAUAAUAAGAAGUGGCAUGUCCGCCUGACUAUCAUUUCUCCCUUUGUAGAUUAUUUUCCUGCAGGACAAGAAAAGACUGGGAUUCAUUUUUGGUUGAAUAGAAUGAUAAGUGAAGGUGCAAUCAAGAGAAAAUACAUUAGGUUCAGAAAGAAGUCGGCUGGUGUUGUGCAGUACGAUCAUAGAGACGGCCUAUUA